UCCACACAAUUGGCUAUGUAGUUAUUGUUAUUGUUCUUUUCUUUCUAUUGGGAAGCUGUGAUGCAGAUUGCUUGCACUGUUGUCGACUACAAGUAUUCUUUACAUGGGCUUCCGGUGGACUCUGACGAGUACCUUCGCAAAUUGAAUGAGGUCCAUUUACGCUCGGCCAAGAGAAUGCUGAAAUUAUGUGAAGCAAAUAAAGGUUUUUAUGUCAAAGCUGGCCAGUUUGUUGCUGCCAUGCGGCAGGUCCCAAAAGAAUACUCAUCAACUCUUUCUUCAUUGCAGGAUCAGGCAGUUCCUUGUCAUUUCAAAGCUAUAAAGCAAGUACUAAUCAGCAAUCUGGGACAUGAUUUGUCUGAGAUAUUUUUGUCAUUUGAUGAACAACCGAUAGCUGCUGCAUCUAUUGCUCAAGUGCACCGUGGGAUAUUGAAAGAUCACCAAGAAGUAGCAGUUAAGUUGAUAAUCACAGUGUUUCAACUUGAUGAUGAGGACAUUCAUAGAUGA